UGCGCCGAGCUCAUACUUCUGUUUUGAAUCGGCUGAAGAAAGAUGUCAAACACCGAGAAAAACCCCAGGUGAAGAUGCUGAGAUCUACGUGGCACAUUAUAAAGAUGGCGUUCAUUAAAGACGAGUGUGAAGAAAUGAAGAUUGAAGACACAUUCAGAGUGAAAAGAGAAGAUACUGAGGAACAAACAGAACCGAUGGCGCUGAAAGAGGAGAAUCAAAAACUGUAUGGAGAAAUGUAUGAGAUUCACCAUGAUUUCAUAACUGGAGAAAAAUCUUGCUCACAGACUGAAAAUACUUCCCCACAUAAGACAGGAGCUAGAAGUCAUUUCGCCUGCCAAGAAUGUGGAAAGAGUUUCAAUCAACAUAGACACCUUGAAGUCCACAUGAGCAUUCACACUGGAGAGAAGCCUUUCUCCUGCCAACAGUGUGGGAAAAGUUUCACUGUCAAAGGAAACCUUAAAAGACACAUGAGAAUUCACACUGUAGUGGAACCUUUCACCUGCCAACAGUGUGGAAAAAGUUUCACUCGAAAAUAUAGCCUUAAAGACCACAUGAGAGUUCACAGUGGAGAGAAGCCUUUCUCCUGCCAAGAGUGUGGAAGGAGUUUCUAUCGGAAAUACAGCCUCAAAGUCCACAUGAGAAUUCACACUGGAGAGAAGCCUUUUUCCUGUCAACAGUGUGGAAAAAGUUUCACUGAAAAAGAGAACCUUACAAGGCACUUGAGAAUUCACACUGUAGAGGAACCAUUCCCCUGCCAACAGUGUGGAAAAAGUUUUACUCAAAAAUAUAGCCUUAAAUCCCACAUGAGAAUUCACACUGGAGAGAACCUUUACACUUGCCAAGAGUGUGGAAAAUGUUUCAUUCAAAAAGACAGUCUUAAAGUCCACACGAAAGUUCACACCGGAGAGAAGCCUUUCAUAUGCCCUCACUGUGGAAAGAGUUUCAGACAAAAAGUAACCCUUAAUUCUCACAUGAGGAUUCACUCAAGAGAAAACUAAGAUCUCACACUGGAGAGAAGCUUUCAUAUGUCUUCAGUGUGAGAUGAGUUUUAAAUAUCGAGCAGAUCUGAAAUGUCAUUUGCAAACUCAUUCUGGGAAGAAAUUGCAGGAAAAGGAGUUGUUUAAAAAAUCCCCUUCACAGACGAUUGAAUUUUGGUCAGUGUAAUUACACAAAUAUACUGCCAUCACACUUAAGCCAUUUGUCCACCAAAGCAUUUUUCCACGCGCCUGGUGUAUGUUUUCAAUUGUUGUCAAUGGGAGCGCCGCUUUUUUUAA